GAGGACCUUUGCCAUUGGUGAGGAAUGAGGCAGCGGUGACCAGGAGGUAAAAGUGGAGUCUGGGUGUUUAUAUGCAAGUGGGGUGAAGAGAGAGACCCUCCUCUCUGUGGGUCAGUCGAUGAGAGAAGAUGAAGAGCAAAAUCUCCAACGCCCUCUUGGACUUCUUCUUUGAGUAUGAGACGCCGCGCCAGGUGCUGGUGAGGAACAGGAAGGUGGGAGUGGUGUGCCGCCUAAUCCAGGUCGUGGUCCUGGCUUACAUUAUUGGGUGGGUGUUCAUUUAUGAGAAAGGCUACCAGACAUCAGAUACAGCAGUAAGCUCGGUCUUCGGCAAAAUGAGUGGAGUGGGCUAUACCAAUGCGAGCGGAAAUGAGAUGGUCUGGGACGUGGCCGACUACGUCUUCCCUUCACAGGGAGACUCAUCUUUUGUGGUCAUGACAAACUACAUCAUAACUGAAGGUCAGAAGAUGGGAAAGUGCCCAGAGCUGGAAGGCAACUGCAGCUCAGAUGGUGACUGUGAAGAAGGGAGUCUCAAACGUACAGGACAUGGACAAAUGACUGGAGUCUGUGUGAAUGCCACUAAGACCUGUGAGGUGUUGACUUGGUGUCCUGUGGAGAACGAUCGCAACAUCCCAGAUCCUCCUCUGUUGAUGUCUGCAGAGAACUACACACUGUUCAUCAAAAAUUCUGUAACUUUCCCCUUAUUUGGCGUCACAAGGAGUAACCUGGUGGAGAACAUUGAUAAAGAGUACAUCAAAACCUGCCUUUAUCAUCCAACGGAUUCUCCUCUGUGCCCCAUAUUUAAACUGGGAGACAUAGUUAAACUGGCUGGCUUCAAUUUUGAAACAAUAGCCAAAGAGGGAGGAGCCAUUGGUAUUGUGGUCGACUGGACAUGUAACCUAGAUGUAGCUGUAAAACACUGUAAACCAAAGUAUCAAUUCCACGGUCUGUAUGGAAACCCAAAUGAGACAGACAAAGCUAGAGCUUCAAUGGGCUACAAUUUCAGGUAUGCAAAGCAUUAUUUGGAGGACAAAGUUCAGAAGAGAACCCUUCUCAAAGUAUUUGGGAUCAGGAUAGAUAUCAUUGUGCAGUCACAGGCAGGAAAAUUUGAUAUCAUCCCAACCCUGACAGCUAUAGGCUCUGGGGUGGGCAUUUUUGGAGUGGCAACUGUAGUAUGUGACUUGGUGUUGCUCUAUUUGCUACCGAAAAAAGAAUUUUACAAGAACAUGAAAUUCAAAUACACAGACACACAAACACAGGACCCUGAUUCAGAGGCAGUUAGCACAGAUACUGCAAUGACAAAAUGACCUGGGAGCAAACUUUGAAGCUUCUAAUUUGAAGGUGUGCUGCACUGAAACCCUGCAAAACAACCUGCACAACAACACACGUACUCUAAAUUGCCUGGAGUCAAAGGACUUCUCCACGUGUCUUCUCUCUUCAAUCUUCAGCAACAUCUUCUUCCAGCAUCUUCCCUCUCUUACAGCCACCAUGAGAGACUGUGACUCCUCCUGCCUAUUGUAUGCAGUCCUAGCGUGGCUCAGCUGUUUUGUUUGGGUGUAGCUUAGUUUGCUUUUGUUGGGGUGUAUCCUCCAUGUCCUAACUGUCUCUGUAUCCAUACAGUUGAAACUAUUAUUUCUGGUACUGUGUGUACACAAACCACCAGUAAGUCAUUCAUUACCUCUGUCACAGUGUUUGUCAAAACGUAACGUGUGGCUGUGCCACUGUCAGUGAUUCAUCCUGUGUGCACUGUGCACCUUUUUUUUCAAUAUAUCAAUAAUUCAAUAAAAUAUGUACAGUAAUAUUAA